CUUACAGCUUUUCUGAUGAAAUCUCUCCGCUUUAGCUCAGCGGCUAGGGAACAAAACGGCGACGUCAACGAGUCUGAAUACCAAGUAUUACUAUUUAAAACGAACUAAAAGUGAAACCACUUCUUUUGUAACUUGUAAGGACACCGCUUUGACUCGGUUUUUAUGUUACUGCCGUUUUUUCUCCUACAACUUACAGUAUUUUCUUUCGAAAAACGCGGCAGCCGGGCUCGAUUGAGGUGACAGAAGACUGACAGUUGAAGAACCGACGCUCGCUUCCACUCAAACGUCAAAAUGGCUUUUGUUUCAAGCUUUCCUUUGGAGUAUACCAGCCUAUCUUACUCUUACACCACCUCAGAAUGCCUUUCCUUUCCUUCUGCUGCUUCUACAGUCCCUUCAAACCGAAAUAAUUGGUGUUAUUUUCCUCAGGACGGCACAGUUGGCGUUAACACUGCGGUCAAUAUGGACGCCGAAGCUAUUCGCGCGAGCCGGCGUGGACUCAACACAGUCUAAACGACAUGGACUCUUUCAUUUGCCCCAGAGAAUAUUUAUCUGUAAGUCACUCAUGGAUGGUGUUAAGGGCUGAAAGAAAUGAGAAAACGGAGUGUUUUAGUUUUUCGUAGCUAACAUUUAGCCAUACAUUAAAGCCUGGUACUAGCUGCGUUAGCCAGCUAAGCCGUAACGUAUAAGGCCAUAUCUAUGUUGUAUUAGAAACUGUUCUGUAUAUUAUCAUAAUUCAGAGACAUUUAAACGACAUUCGAAGCCGGAGCACUUUUAUGCAAAUUAAGUCACAGUUAACAGUGUGUUUAACUUGCCACUUCUUAAGGAAGUAAAUUAAUGUGUUAGUUUGUUCUAUUUUCGUUAAGUUUAUGUAGUUCAGCGCAUUUCAUAUUUUUCAUAAGUAUGAGCACACAUGAACACUUUCCUCAAGGGGACACGCGGCCCGCGCGUGGCGGUGACGAGCGCACUGACAGCUCGUGGAUAAGCGUGUUCUCGCUGGUCUCCAGGCCUGCCUGGUCUCUCCUGCAGAGAUAUUUCCCGGGAAGAACCAAGACUUCAUUUGAAAUGAAUUCAAAUCUAGAUAUUGGAAACUCUCUGACCCCUUUGAGAGUUGAAUAUCUCCACUGCCAGCAUGAAAACUCGGCGCAUGCGUCCUCCAGAGAUCAGGGGACUCUAGUCUGGUUCACUCACGAUUCGUUGAGCGAACUGGGAAUUCAGAACACCACCCAGAAAGAGUUCAAUCUUCAAAAGCAGGCAUCGGUCGGAUACCUCGGAACGGCGAGAAACUUGCUCAGCCAGGUGUUAAUGAACACUCCGGAAAAAAGGCGCGCAAAACCAGAAAGCGGAUGCGAUUUGUGCCCGGAUACGGCAUCCGUGCGAUCCACUAACAGCUGGUGGUGGGGUGAAUUUGGGGAGGCUGACGACAAACCUCAAAACUUGCUGCUAAAUGUAGCACAAAGCAGAAAAGAGACUGACACUAGCUGGCAGCAUUGUGGAGAACAUCACAGUGUCGGCUAUUGUCAGAGCCGCUCGACUGCGGCCGUUGCCAUGACGAACGAACUGUGUGUAUGUAGCAAUGAUGGGCCAUCAAUGCACAACGAAAGCACUGGUCCCUUGUGCUCCAAAGAGCUGACCCACAAUGCAAGCCUGCACAUGCCCAAACCAGAAUCCCUUCCCAACUCAUACCAGCUUCCACUAGAUGUUAAGCAGCAACUACUAGUUUGUAGUAGAGCCUAUAAUGAGGUGGCAGUUCUGACCCCUGACCAAGAUAAUGGCUACUCCAGCUUGGAGGAAGAACACUUAAGUAGUAAACUUCACAUGAAGCUGCUUUCCAAGGAACAGGAGGUGUCGGAAACAGCCGAAGACAACCCAUCUCAGAGUAACACUACAGAGAGUGAAUGUCAUAGUGAACCUGUCAUUUGUGAGGAAGAAAUUAAGCAAAGUGAACAAGAGGACUCUGAGAAGACCGCAAAAACAGUUCCGGCUGCUGAAAACGGGCCGUUUUUGGCCACGCCUCAAUGUCAAAACAAGGUCAUUGCUUACAUCAUGGGCAGCCCUUGCAGUGGCGAAUCUGAAUCGGAGGAUGAUGGCGAUUGGGACAGUAAUGACGAUGAUGGCUUUGACAGUGAAGGCUCAUCCCACUUCUCAGAGUCUGAGGACCUGGAUGACAGCGACGAUGAAUCUGAGGAAGACUCGGAUGGAGAGGAGGCCGACUCCGAGACCGAGAGGCUGUGGAAUUCUCUGUGCCAAAACGAGGAUCCUUAUAACCCGAGGAACUUCAGAGCUCCUAUAAGGACAGCCUCCAAGCCAAGCCCUGCGUCCACAGACUCCUCGGUCUCCGAGUCUCCACCAGCGUGCAUGUCCUCCCAGCAUUCUCCGCCUCCAUCGUCGCCCUCGCUCUCAGAGAACGAGUCGAGUGAAGACACCUGUGAGAUGGAUGAGGAAGAGAAUCAGAGACUGUGGAACUCUUUUAGCUGCUCAGCAGACCCCUACAGCCUCUCCAACUUCCAGGCCUCCAUACAGACUCAGAAAACCCUCAAAGGCUGCUGCAAGGAGAAAGCACCUGGAACGCCACGCUACAAGAGAGAGGAGGCUGAGGACAGGCUGGACAGCGGAUUCUCAGAGAUCUCCCCUUUGCCAUGCUCAAGCAGUGCCACAGUUGUUCAGCUGAGGAAGGUGACAUUUAUGGAAGAGGUCGAGGAGUUCUAUGCCAGCAGCGAUGAGGACCGCCAUGGGCCCUGGGAGGAAAUCGCCCGGGACCGCUGUCGUUUUCAGCGCCGUGUACAGGAAGUUGAAGAGACUAUCAGCUUCUGCCUUUCUCCUACUUUCCGCCUGGACAUUUUUCAAAGACUCUACAGUACUAGCUAAUCAAAAGCUUUGUUUGUUGUUUGGCAGUAAGUGUAAACAAUGAAUAAGAAAUAAUAUAUAUCUAUAUAUAUCAAUAGUUUAAUUCAGGGCAUCAGGAGGCCCUUAAAUGUUCAAAGGGCUCACAAGUCACAAGUCCAAGGAACUCCAUGGUUCCUGCCAGGGAAAGUCACCUCACUCAUGU